AUGACGGGUACCAAGGUCGCGGGAUUCGUUCUCGUUCUUCAGUUGUCGCUUCUGCUGCAGCUGGUGGAUAGCAAAAACGAGUACACGAAGCUGUUCGACAGAUGCGCCCGCGAAAGGAACGCGUUCGAUUGCCUGAAGCAGAGGGCCCUCGAGAUCCUGGACUCCGCCAUCGGCGACGACUCGGUGUACGUGCUCAACGACUACGUGACCAUCGCCAGGGACCCUGCAUCCGCUGUCAGGGGCACCGAAAGAUCGCUCAAGGACGAAAAUGGCACAGAGCUGACCCUGGACCAGAAGCUGGAUAACAAGUUUCACGAAUACCUGGCCUCCAGGAGCGUCCAGCUCACCAUCCCCGGAGAGACUUUCGAAGGUCGACGGAAGAAGAACAAAGGUUACGGUGUGCUGAUGAUGGGAGCCCUUGCAGUGGGAGCGAUGAUGGCGCAACUGGCUUACGGGAAAAUCGCGUUCCUCGCGGGAACCGCGUUGCUGACUGCCAAGAUAGCAUUGGUCCUCAGCGCGAUAGUCGGUUUGAAGAAGCUGGUGUCCGGCCAAGGAGGCGGUGGCCAUGAAGUCAUCUACGCGACCGGCUCUGAACACCACGGAGGCUAUGGGGGCGGCGGGGGCGGGGGCGGCUACAGCGGAGGCUGGCAAAGAGCUCUCGACGGCCUCCCACCCACCUGA